UAUGACCCCCAGGUUCUACUCACCUCCUACCUGAGAUGCUUUGGCAGGUGAGGCCAACAUCAACAUGCACAACUUUCCCUUGUUUAACAAGAAGGCCCUAGACCUGGAAGCAAAGAUAGGGCAUGGUCAGACACCCACGACGGAUGGUAGGAUAAAGUCACUGCCUCCCAACAGGAAAGCGAAGGGACACAUCAUGUUCAUCGACAACGAUGGUUCUACCAUCGAGUUGGACGACGACUUCCAGGCGGGAGUGGGUUCAAAGGCAAGCAGCGCAGAAGCUUCAAGGGGUGGAGUAGUCGCUGCUGUAGCUCAGAAAGGCGAGCCAGUGAAAAUGGCGCCGGAGAUAGAGGGAGUAGUUGCCAAGUACUCUGAUCUAUUUGAAGAGCCAACAGGGGUUGUCGAGAGGGAGGUCGUCCACGCGAUAGAGAUUAUCCCAUGGUCUAGCAUCCCGAAGGGUAGGAUCUAUUGGAUGUCUCCAGACGAGCUUGACGAGCUUCGCCGACAGCUCAAGGAAUUCAUAAAGAAGGGUUGGAUCCGGCAAAGUGUCUCCCCUUACGGAUCACCAGUUUUAUUUGUGCCAAAGAAGGGGGGUACGCUGAGGAUGUGCAUUGACUAUAGGGGCCUCCAUGCCAUCACUGUCAAGAAUCGAGAGCCCCUACCGCGCAUCGACGAUUUGCUAGAUAGAGUGCAAGGGUGUCGAUACUUCAACAAGAUAGAUAUGAAGUCCCGGUACCAUCUGAUUGUAAUGCGGCCCGAGGAUCAGCACAAAACCGCUUUUCAGACCAGGUACGGUCUGUACCUGUUUGUUGUGAUACCUUUAGGCCUUUGCAAUGCUCCUCGCACCUUUCAGCACGCUAUGAAUCGGAUUUUUCAUGACCACUUGGAUAAGUCUAUCAUCGUGUACCUCGAUGACAUACUUAUUUUUAGUAGGACUAUCGAGGAGCACGCUGCGCACUUAGACAAAGUCCUCAGUCUCCUUCCGCAGCACAAGUUCAAGAUCAACGGGGGAAAAUGCGAGUUUGGUCGCACCCGGAUCUUGUACUUGGGUCAUGAGAUUUCUGCGGAGGAUUUGAAGCCCGAUGACGCGAAGGUGGCCAACAUUCGUGAUUGGCCGCGUCCUCAGUCUGUGAGUGAGAUGAGGUCUUUCUUUGGGAUGACCGACUACUACCGUAACUUUGUUAAGAACUAUAGCAUAGUGGCUGCCCCUUUGACUGACCUGACUCGCCUUGACACCCCAUGGGAGUCGACAGACAGGUGCAAGGCUGCUUUCAGACAUCUGAAUCAUGCGUUGACACAUCAUGAGGUCUUGAAACUUCCUGAUCCUGACAAGCCAUUCAUAGUAACCACGGAGGCCAGCCCAUAUGGCAUUGGUGCCGUGCUAGAGCAGCAGGAGGGGCCAAAGUUGAGGCCAGUAGAGUACAUGUCCAAAAAGAUGCCCUCUCAGAAGUUGGUUAAGUCCACCUAUGAGAAGGAGCUCUAUGCGAUCUACAAGGCGCUCUCCUUGGGAGUCGUUGAGCAGUAUGACUUCGAGCCCCAAUACAUCAAAGGUGAGUACAACAAGGUUGCUGAUGCGUUGUCGCGUGGGCCAAACUUCUCUGGUGCGCUGAUCACUGAGUUCGGGCUUGCGGACGAUGUCACUCGCUCUUUGGUGGAAGCCUAUCGCGAGGACCAAUUAAUGUCUGAAAUCAUACGCAGACUCGAGGCGAAGGACAAGGUGACUUCUGCCGAGAUUGAGUUGGUCAACGACUUGCGGAGGAAGAAGAAUCAGAAUCAGAAGCAGCAGCAGCAGCAGAAGAAGAAGAAGAAGCAGCAGCAGAAGAAGCAGGAGGAGGAGCAGGAGGAGGAGGAGGAGGAAGAGGAAGGAGAGGAAGAGGAGGAGGAGGAGGAGGAGGAGGAGGAGGAAGAGGAAGGGGAACAGGAAGAGGAGGAAGAGGAAGAGGAAGAGGAAGAAGAGGAGGAAGAGCAAGAAGAGGAAGAGGAAGACGAAGAAGAAGAAGAGGAAGAAGAAGAAGAGGAGGAAGACGAAGAAGAAGAGGAAGAAGAGGAAGAAGAAGAGCCGGAAGAGGAGGAAGAAGAGGAAGAAGAGGAAGAAGAAGAGGAGGAAGAAGAGGAAGAAGAGGAAGAAGAGGAAGAACUUGCUUCAGAAACAAAAGAAGAAGAAGAAGAGGAGGAAGAGGAGGAAGAAGAAGAGGAGGAAGAGGAGGAAGAGGAGGAGGAAGAGGAGGAAGAAGAGGAAGAGGAGGACGAGGAGGACGAGGAGGAAGAGGAGGAAGACGAAGACGAGGAAGACGAAGACAAGGAAGACGAAGAUGAGGAAGACGAAGACGAAGACGAAGACGAAGACGACGAAGACGAAGACGAAGACGAAGACGAAGACGAAGACGAAGACGAAGACGACAAGGAAGACGAGGAAGAAGAAGAUGUUGCAUACCAGGAGGAGGAAGAGGAAGAGGAGGAAGAAGAGGAAGAGGAAGAGGAGGAAGAAGAGCAAGAAGAGGAAGAAGAGGAGGAAGAGGACGAAGACGAGGAAGACGAAGACGAGGAAGAUGAAGACGAGGAAGACGAAGACGAGGAAGAAGAGGAGGAAGACGAAGACGGGGAAGAAGAGGAGGAAGACGAAGACGAGGAAGACGAGGAAGAUGAGGACAAAGAAGACGACGAGGAAGACGAAGAAGACAAUGACGAAGACGAGGAAGAAGAGGAGGAAGAGGAAGAAGAGGAAGACGAGGAAGAAGAGGACGAAGGCGGGGAAGAGGAGGAAGAGGAGGAACAGGAGGAACAGGAAUAGGAAGAAGAGGAAGACGAAGACAAGGAAGAGGAGGAAGGAGAAGAAGGAGGAGGAGAAGAAGGAGAAGGAGGAGAAGAAGGAGAAGGAGGAGAAGGAGAAGGAGGAGGAGAAGGAGGAGGAGGAGGAGGAGAAGAAGGAGGAGGAGAAGAAGGAGGAGAAGGAAGGAGAGGAAGGAGAAGAAGAAGAAGAAGAAGAAGAAGAAGAAGACUGAUAAAAAACAGGCUGAUGA